ACAUCUACGUGCAUUCGUAAUGGAGCAGUUCAUUGAGUUUUAUUUUGAACUUGGACUGAAGUACAAAGACAUACAGUAUAUGCUUAGUUCAAGGCACGGUUUUGACGUCAGCGAAAGACACCUGAAAAGAAUAUUACACAAAAAAGGAUUGUCUCGACGGAAAGAUUAUUCGGCCUUAGUGGACCUUGUUGAUUUCAUCAGUCAUCAGCUGCAGUACUCUGGGCAACUUCAUGGGUACCGAUGGAUGUACGCGAAAUGCAGAGAGAAGGGUCUGCGUGUGAGAAAAGAGGAUGUGCGCAUGGUGCUGAAGGAAUUGGAUUCUGCUGGAGUUUCGGCGAGAAGAGCCAGACGUCUCAGACGGCGCAACUACUUUGCUAAGGGUCCAAACUUUAUUUGGCAUUUGGACUCAUACGAUAAAUUAAAACCAUACGGCGUCUGUAUUAAUGGCUGCAUUGAUGGCUUUUCGCGUAAGAUUAUUUGGCUUAAUGCCUACACAACUAGUAGCGACCCAAAGCUAAUAGGUGGUUACUAUAUUGAAGCAGUGAAGCAUUUGGGAGGAUGCCCUAGAGUUGUUAGGGGGGAUCUUGGAACUGAAAAUGGUUAUGUUAGAGACUUUCAACGUUUUCUUCACAUCAGUCACGCAGAUGAAACCCUUGACAGCUAUUUGGAGGGUGCAAGUACUGCCAACCAAAGGAUCGAGUACUGGUGGGGGGUUCUGCGAAAAGAGUGCAUGGAAUUCUGGAUUUCCCUGUUCGCUGACCUCAGAGACAAUGGAUUCUUCGAUGGAGGAUUCUUGGACAAAAGUUUGCUCCAGUUCUGUUGCAUGGGACUCAUUCAAGAUGAACUGGAUGACACUGCACAGAUUUGGAAUGCACACACCAUUAGGCCAUCAAAGAACAUCGGUAACCCCAGUGGUCGGCCCAGUGUGAUGUAUGCACUGCCUGAGCUGUAUCACACCAGAGACUUCCUCACCUCAGCUGACACUGAAUGUGUUCAAUUGUGUCAACACGAAUGCACUUUCCGACGCCCCAUACCAUGUGAUCCAGAUGUAAAUGAACUGUGUAAUGUUAUAAUCUCCGAGUCUCAGUUGAACAUUCCAAGAGACCCAUAUCAAGCUGUGAACUUGUACAUGCAUUUAAGAGAUGUGAUCAGGGCAUUACUGUAAGAAGGCAAGAUCAUUUUUAUCUGAAAUGUUUACAUAAUUUGACAUAAUUAGACAAUACUGUCCCCAUGGGAAUCCUGCAACAUUGUGUAGUUUUUAUAUAGAACUACAAUUUACCAGACUACAAUCUUGACACAUAAAUGUAAUUCAAAAUGAAACCAACAUUUGCAAAAUUGUUUAUUGCUCACAAAGUUGUUUACAACUGGAAAUAAAUGCUACUGAGGACAUUUUAAUUUCCAAAUUUGAACCUGUAUCAACAUGUAAACUCUGUGUUUAAACUUUAUAAUUCAGAGAACAUUCCUUACUAACAACCAAAGUGGUACCACAUAGAAUGGAAAUCAGAGUGUUUGCUAAAAUGUCAAGUACAAGUUUUCAAUUGAAAGUUUGAAUAGCCUAACAAUAAUUAGUCCACAUUUUAGAACAUUAAACUCACCUUUUUCACUGUAAACAAAAUGCAUAUAAGAUUGAAUUAACAAAUAAAAAAUGUCCAUUCUUACAACAAACGUGAUGCUGCAUAUGAUGAAGAUUGUUUCAAGACUUUUCAGCUGCAAAAAUAAAGAUUUCAAAAUAUUAUACUCAAAUGUCUUUUGUGCAAACAAAACACUUGCAAAGAACAAGACAAUCAAAAUAGCAAUUAAACAGUACUAACAGCACAAAUGCACUUGCCGGAAACUGCUAAACCUAUUUAUAAAGAAAAUGAAUGUUAUGACAGUCAAAUGUAAAUCAAAUUAAUAUAGGGGCCCUUUAAAUGAAUAC